ACUUUCGUUGGGACGCCGUGUAGCAUCUAGCGCGUAGGUAUAUUAUUGUGUGGCUGUGCCUCCUUGUGUUGCUGGCCGAAUCUACUUGUUCCAAGAAAAUGGCAGAUGUUAGUAAAGAAGAUCUUGAAAAGGAAAUCGCGAAGAUCCUCAAAAACGCGAACCUAGCAAAGACCUCGACUAAGAAGGUCAUCCAGAAAUUGGAAAAGGUUUUCGAUACUGAUCUGAGCGAGAAGAAAAAGGUGAUUGAUCAACUCGUCAUGGACUUCGUGAACAGUAAGGGUUCUGAUGAGGAAGAAGAAGAGGAAGACGAAGAUGAAGAAGAGGAGGAAGAGGAGAAAAAGCCAGCCAAACGCGCGGCACCAGCUGCUAAGGCAUCUUCAAAGAAAGCUAGAAAGGAGAGUUCUGAAGAGGAAGAAGAAGAUGGCACAAAUGAUAGUGAAUCUGAGGAGGAGAAAAAGAAGCCAGCUCCGAAGAAAGGCAAGAAGAAGAAGGGAUCAGAAGACUCUGAUAGUGAUUGGGGCAAGAAGAAGGAGAAAGCUGCUAAACCUAAGAAGGCCGGCAGUCGCGGUAAAGGAGGCGGCUACACGCGCGCUUACAAGCUGUCCCCGGCGCUGGCUGAACUCAUGGGCCAGGAUGAGAUGCCACGACAUGAAGUCGUCAAGAGGGUUUGGACCAUCAUAAAAGAGAAGAAUCUCUAUGACCCCAACAACAAACAGUUCGCCAUCUGCGAUGACGCUCUGUACAAAGUUAUCGGAACGAAGAGAUUUCGCACUUUCGGUAUGAUGAAAUACCUAAAGACGCAUUUCCUUGAUGAGUAAACUAGUAAUCAUUGUAAGUUAUAUUUAUGACGCAGUUUUGCAAAAACCCUUAAUCUCACUUACGACUUUUGAGAUAUCGAUAAAAUUGUUUAAUCUAAUAACUUAUUAAAAAAAAAAAAAAAAACUAAAAAUGUUUUUUAAAUUUCCAUUCAUAAAAAAUAUGAGUUAUCUUUUAGUAAAAUUAUACAAAUAGAAAGAGGAUGCGUUGGAAAGGAAAAGACUAACGAAAAAUAUAAAAAAAAAAAAAUGACAUAAAAAUCAUUUUGACUUUUGUAGCGUUUUGCAAAACCGCGCCAAGACUUAUCACUACAUAAUAUAUUCUAUCAAUAUAGACACGUCUGAUCAUGUAUUUUAUAUUGGUUGAACGAUUGCACUAUUAUUAUAUACAGUCUGAAUAGUUUUUGCCGAUAAAUGUUCAAUGCGAAUAUAGACUAAUUUUCUAUAGAUCUCUGGUGUAUCAUGGUGUACGAUAAAAUUAUAAUUUUAAAUUCAUAAUAUACUUUAUUGUGAUAUUUUAAGGGACGAAAUUGGCAGCUUCUUUGACACCAAUUAAUCAGAGUGAAUGGAAGUGCCCUACUAUUAACAAUCGCGAUGUGUGUUAUACAUAUCCCUAUAUAGUACUCUGGUUUUAUAUGCCUGCUUGUAUUCAUGCCUUUUAGCACAUAUAAUAUUAAGUAACAGCCUGUAAAUGUCCCACUGCUGAGCUAAGACCUCAUCUCCCUUUUUGAGGAGAAGGUAAAUAUUACAAGAAGUGGAUUUUAACCUAUUUGUAAUAUUUAUAUCAAGCUGAUUUUAUGAUGGAGUCAGAAGGUGUAUAGUGGAACUUCAAUAGCUUCUACUAGUAGACGCCCUAAGUUUGGACUAUUAUGGUAACUUAUUACAAGUACAAUUAAAUACAUUAUUGAUAUGGAAAAAUAUAUUUUAGUUAUUAUUUGUAUCGACAGACCAGAGUUAACAUGCCGUGAUAAUGAGCUGUCAGGUAAAACCGGAGUGGUAUAUAAGUAUGUAUCGUAAAGGUGUACAUUGAUAUGUGUACAAUUUAUAUUUUUUUAGAUUUAAUCUAAAUUACAUAUUCGUGCAUUCUAUAAUGCAUUUCUCGUAUUAAAUAUAAAAUUAUCCUAAUUAUAAUUUGACGUAAGAUUAUUAAGAUUAAAUAAGUGAAGAGUUUUUCAAACAUCUACUUAGAUAAGUUUAAUUAAGAUUGCUUAUGGAUGAUCGUACUUUGUUAGGUGUUAACAAUGAAUGGGUGAAUGUUUUUUGACUUGAUAACAAUAUAUUUAACACUUUUUUCUCAACAUACAUCACAGUUACUAUUAAAUUAGAUUUCUGCUAUUGACUUACUCAAAAUGUCUUUUGUAUUAUUUCUUUGUGAAGAAAUUAAUACAUAUAAGAUAUUUUGGAAGGUAAUGGCGCGGCCAUUUUUAAACGGGAAUUUUUUAUCAUCAAUAGUUAAUAUUUUGAAUGAUAAUGCAAUUUUAAUAUAUUUAAACAUUUUUAAAUCGCAUUCCAUAUUAAAUUUAAAAUAGAAUUUUCUAGAAUCAAAGAAAAAGGUGUUAAUUAUUAUAUGAAUAAUGUAUAGAAUCUUUACCUAACAUAAAAAAAGAUUUGUGAAAAUCUAGUUCGCUAGAUUGGAAGGUUGUAUGCGUAUAUCCCAGAGGGAUUUCUAGGAAAUAAAAGACUUGCAAUUA